AAAUACUCACAAUUAUUUUUGAAAAAUAAAUAUUUGUUCUUCUCUAGAUUUCUAAAAACCACCCAAUCAAAAAUCACUCAUAAUUAGUACUCUCCUCCCUCUAAUCCCUAAUCCAAAAAAAAAGCCCUCUUCUUUAUCUUCUGCUAUUACAACAUAAAUGAAGCCACUUUAAUAAAUCAUUUUUUUCUGCUCAAUGCUGGAUCUGCUAAGCCCAAUUCAUGUUUCAACUCGGUUGUGGAAAUGUUGACUUGACACCUGAAUUGCCAUGAGCCAGGCUGAAUUAUCAAAGAUGAAAGCUCCUCUUGUUCCGCUUGGGGCUUUGAUCGGUCGUGAGCUUAGGAAUGAGAAAGUUGAAAAACCAUUUGUGAAGUAUGGACAAGCUGCUUUGGCUAAGAAAGGAGAGGAUUACUUUUUGAUUAAACCUGACUGCCAGAGGAUUCCCGGAGACUCGUCAACGUCUUUUUCUGUCUUUGCGAUUUUUGAUGGGCAUAAUGGUAUAUCAGCUGCCAUAUUUACAAAAGAGAGCUUAUUGGACAAUGUUUUGAGUGCAAUCCCCAAGGAAAGUAGUCGGGAAGAAUGGCUUCAAGCCCUUCCUCGAGCAUUAGUUGCAGGUUUCGUGAAAACUGACAUAGAAUUUCAGCAGAAACGUGAAACUUCUGGGACAACCGUUACAUUUGUUGUGAUAGACGGGUGGACUGUGACUGUUGCAUCUGUGGGGGAUUCACGAUGUAUAUUGGACACACAGGGUGGGGUAGUGUCGCUGUUAACAGUUGAUCAUAGGUUAGAAGAGAAUGAAGAAGAGAGGGAGCGUGUAACUGCAAGUGGGGGUGAAGUAGGAAGGCUCAAUAUUUAUGGUGGCAAUGAGGUCGGUCCAUUGCGCUGCUGGCCAGGUGGAUUAUGUCUAUCUCGGUCAAUUGGGGACACAGAUGUUGGGGAGUUCAUUGUCCCUGUACCACAUGUAAAGCAAGUGAAGCUAUCAAACACUGGGGGAAGACUCAUUAUUGCUUCUGAUGGUAUUUGGGAUGCUUUAUCCUCUGAUACGGCUGCAAAGUCUUGUCGGGGUUUACCUGCAGAGAUUUCUGCCAAGUUGGUUGUUAAGGAAGCUUUAAGAUCAAGGGGCUUGAAGGAUGAUACAACUUGCCUUGUUGUUGAUAUAAUCCCAUCUGAUGUUCCAGUCUUACCUCCCAUGCCGAGAAAAAAGCAAAAUAUGAUCAGUUCACUUUUUGGAAAGAAUCCUUUAAUUCCUUUGAACAGAGCAACAAAUAAGCUUUCUGCUAUUGGAAUGGUAGAGGAGUUGUUUGAAGAGGGUUCUGCUAUGCUCGCAGAAAGAUUGGGCAAAGAUACUCCAUUAAAUGUAAAUUCCGGCUUGUACAGAUGCGCAGUGUGUCAAGUGGAUGAAGCCCCAACUGAAAUUUUAUCAGUAAACUCGGGUUCCUUUCUCUCUCCUGGAUCACAGCCAUGGGAAGGCCCUUUCCUCUGCCCUAAAUGUCAAAAAAAGAAAGAUGCCAUGGAAGGGAAAAGGCCUACCAGACCCACAAUAACCGCAUAGAAGCACUUUAUCCGGUAACAGAGUAAAUAUUUGUCGAAUUUUUUCCGCUGGAAGUACGAUGAAGCUUGGUUAUUUUUUUCUUUUUUUGAUUUGAUGGUAGUGAUUAUAAUAGAUGUAUAAGCAAAUGAGGUAGAAAUGUAGUGCAUAGGUGUCUGUUUUACAAUUGGUUGUGUCGAAUUCCGGUUUGUUCGAGCUUUUGCUAAACUGACAAAAGACUUCAGAUGCCCCUCUGAUAGACAUGGUUGUGAUAGUUUGAUUGCUAACUGCUUGAAGUUGUAAGUAAAAACUGAAGGUUGCUAAGCGAUGUGUUCAUUGCAGCAGCUUCUUCCUUCUUGUCCGAGUGGAAAUUAUCAUCUUGUGCAA